AUGGAUACGGUAACGGAAUCGGAAAUGGCAAUUGCUGUUGCCCAGGAUGGCGGCAUAGGUGUGCUUCACAAAAACAUGAGCAUUGAGCAACAAGCGGUAGAAGUGCGCAACGUAAAGCGUGCGGAAAGCGGUAUGAUUUUAGACCCGGUAACGCUUCCGCAGAAUGCCCUGGUAAGUGACGCGCAAAAAAUGAUGCGCGAUUACAAAAUUGGAGGCAUUCCCAUCAUUGACGAUCAAAAGAAACUGAUUGGCAUAAUUACCAACCGCGAUUUGCGCUUCGAGAAGGAUGAAAAUCGUCCGCUAAGAGAAAUCAUGACCAGUGAGGGCCUGGUUACUACCCAUGAAAACACCAGCCUCAGCCAGGCAGAAGUGAUUCUGCAGGAACAUAAAAUUGAAAAACUUCCGGUAGUUAAAAAAGACAAUACCCUUAUCGGGCUCAUUACGUACCGCGAUAUUACCAAGCUUCAUAUUAAACCCAAUGCUUGUAAAGACGAUUACGGACGCUUGCGGGUUGCUGCCGCGGUGGGCGUUACGCCCGAUAUUCUCGACCGGGUUCGGGCCUUGGUGGGAUCCAACGUGGAUGCCAUAGUAAUUGACACCGCCCAUGGCCACAGCCGUGGCGUGGUUAAAGCCCUGGAGCAGGUAAAGCAAGAGUUUCCCGAUUUGGAUUGUGUAGUGGGUAAUAUUGCUACCGCUGAUGCCGCCAAGUACCUGGCCGAUGCCGGUGCCGAUGCCAUUAAAGUGGGUAUUGGCCCUGGUUCCAUCUGCACAACGCGCGUGGUGGCCGGUGUUGGAGUGCCUCAACUAUCGGCAGUCAUGUUUGCUGCGCAGGGCCUUAAAGGCACCGAUGUUCCGCUAAUUGCGGAUGGUGGCAUACGCUUUACCGGUGAUAUAGUGAAAGCCAUGGCAGCCGGAGCUGAUUCGGUGAUGCUCGGUUCUUUGCUGGCCGGCACCAAAGAGGCGCCCGGAGAAACAAUAAUUUACGAAGGCAGACGCUACAAGACUUACCGUGGCAUGGGGUCCAUUGAGGCCAUGCAAGAAGGUUCGAAAGACAGGUACUUCCAGGACGUAGAAGACGAUAUUAAAAAGCUGGUGCCGGAGGGAAUCGUUGGGCGCAUUGCCUACAAAGGUGAAGUAGGGGAGGUAAUGUAUCAGUUUAUCGGUGGACUGCGAGCCGGAAUGGGAUAUUGUGGCGCCCCAAACAUUGCCACCUUAAAGAAAACCGCCAAAUUUACCCGCAUGACCGCGGCCAAAGAAUUGGGCCGCGACACCCUGCCUUCCUUCCAGAAGGAAUACCAAAGUUACCGCGAGCAGUUGGCGCAACCUUACCUGUCGGAUAAGCAGGUUACGGAAGAGCUAAUUCGCGAAGCUUACCAACGUGGGAAAUAUGACGUGCGCGCCUCGCACAUCAUGGUGCAACUUCCGCGCGAAGCCACCCCGGCCGACACCGCUGCGGCCUACGAAAAAAUUGUGUCGAUUAAAGAGCAACUGGAAAACGGAGCUGAUUUUUCUGAAUUGGCCAAACGCGAAUCUGACGAUACCUACAGUGCCGAACGCGGAGGUGACCUGGGCUAUUUCACCGUGUUCAAUAUGGUUUAUCCCUUUGAAAGUGCAGCCUACCAAACCCCGGUAAAUUCGGUGUCUGAGCCGGUUCGCAGUCAAUACGGCUAUCACCUGGUGAAACCCACCGACAAACGCGAAGCUCGUGGAGAAAUAACCGUGGCGCAUAUUAUGCUCAUUGACAAUCAAAGUUCUGGGGAGGAAGUAAGCAAAAACGCCAAAGCCCGGAUUGACGAAAUACAUGAAAAACUCAAAAAGGGCGAAGACUUUAGAAAGUUAGUGGCUCAAUACAGUGAUGAUAAAACAUCGGCCAUGCAGGAUGGCAUUUUGCAACCCUUCGGCAUUAACAAAAUGUAUCCCGAAUUUGAAGAGGCGGCCUUUGCAUUGAAAGACAGCGGUGACUUUAGCGAACCGGUAAAAACCCCGGUGGGCUGGCACAUUAUUCAGUUGGUGAAGCCGGCCAAAUCCAAAGCUUUUGCUGAGGCCAAAGCGGAGCUGAAAAACAAGGUAGAGCGCGAUGUUC